CUACCCUGCUGUUGGGGUCCUGACUGAGAGGUACCGCCUUCAGCUCCACGUCUCCAGCGAACCGGAGGCGGAGCGGCCUCGGAUUCUUUAAGCAGCCGGAGCCUGGCCAGCGAGCAGGAGCUCGACACGCUCCACUUCUCCCGCCCCCCGCGGCUCUGCUGCGGUCAGGCUGAGCUGAGGCUAUUGGAAAGCGGGUACGUGUGAAGGUGGUUUGGGGAGGGUUUAACUUCAUCGUCCGGCCCCAGGGCCUGUUCUUCAGCUCAAGUGACACCCAGCUCGCCAUUGGGCCCCUGCGUAAACACCGCGCUCGCUUUCUUUUCGUGGGGCGCGAGGGGGCUGUGCCGGUUUGCCGUGUAUCACCUUUCAACCCCCUCACCUGUCUUCACGUAUUCUGAGCUGUUGUGUGAUUCACAUUCGGCAGAGAUUGGGCCCUGUCAAUCCUCAAAAACCCACAUUUGAUGUCAUGUGAUACUUCAGCUCUAACACCAGUUCAGGAUGUCAUGGUUGGUUGAGCUUGCAGGGAAGGCAGAGGACUUCUUGAAUAAAGUGGACCAGGGGGCAGCCGCAGCACUACUAACGACGCCCAUUGAAAAUGUGGCUCCAUCACACACAAUCAAUGCUGAAGCCAGUUCUUCCAGCCAAUAUUCUGCCCUGAAUCAGCUGGGUAGUAAGUCUGAUCAACAAGUCCACUCUAAUAUUAGCUAUGUUUCCUCUGCUGCUGGGAACAUUAAGAGACAAAAGGCCACCCAGCUUGCUGGAGCUUCUAAUGUAUCCUUACCAUCACGGACCUUUGAAGUUACAGCCGGUGCACCUGCAAGCUCUUCUCUAAGCAGACCCUCAACGCAGUUUGUCAGACCAAAAAAGAUUGAGCCAAAUGAUGACCAACUCUUUGAUUUCUUAAAUAGUUCAGAAAAGUCAUUAAAUGGAAGGGUGGACAACAAACGCGAAACAACAAAGCCUUCCACACCAAAAAGUCAUUCCAGAACUUCCAGUCUCAGUUCAGUAUCUGCUUGCACCAUUAAUAUGAAAACAGCUGAAGAGGGCAUUGUCAAGGAGGACUAUGCUGAUGGACCUGAUGCCUCAGAAAGCUCAAAUGUGAGUCAAGAUGACCAACUUGAGUCUUCAAAAGAGCAACCACUAAGUAAUACAGCCAGCAUAAGUUUUUCAGCUAAAGAUGACAGUCAGUCACUGGAGCUAUCGAACCUUCGGCUUGAGAACCAGUUGCUGCGUAGCGAGGUCUCCUCUUUGAACCAAGAAAUGGCUUCGUUGAUUGAGAGAUCAAAGCAAACACAGGAAGAGUUCAAUAAAGCCAGAAAACAGAUUGAGAAAUGGAAUACUGAAAACUCGAAGUCUGACAGAAUAGGUAGGGAACUGCGUUCCCAGGUGGAUGAUCUGAAUGAGGUGCUGAGUGCCAAGGAUUCUCAGCUGGCUGUGCUCAAAGUGAGACUGGAAGAGGCAGAUCAGCUUCUGAAGGCGCGUAAUGAAGCACUGGAGCUACUUCACAAUGAAAGAAACAGAAUACUGCAAGAUCAUAGUGAAGGGAGCAGCUUGCACAACCAAGCCUUACAAACAGUGCAAGAGAGGCUUCUGGAAGUAGAAUCAUCACUUAAACGAGAACAAGAUAAUUACAAUCAAAUGCAGAAUGAAUUUGCAGCUAGACUCAGUAAGGUAGAGCUUGAACGUCAAAGUCUGGCAGAAACAUUAACAGCAUCUGAGAGAAAGGCGAUUGAAGAGAAAAAGAGAGCAGAUGAACAGCAGCAACAGCUCAAAGUUGUUAAGACCAGCUUGGAUUUAGCUAAGCAGGAACUAAUGGACUACAAACAAAAGGCGACCAGAAUUCUUCAGUCCAAGGAAAAACUAAUUAACAGCCUAAAAGAGGGUUCUGGAAUUGACGGCUUAGAAAGUCACACUAUCAUCACCAUGGAACUGGAGGAACUGCGGCAUGAGCGUGACAUGCAACGUGAAGAAGUCCAAAAACUGCUGGGUCACAUCCAACAACUUAGAGCAGAACUGCAGGACACAGAGACACAGCAAUUGGGUGAGGCCGAGUCAUCCAGGGAACAAAUCCAAGAGCUACAGGAACAAGUCAACACACUGAUGGGAAGCAAAAAGGAACUGGAGGUUGAACUGGAGCGUCAGAAACAGGAGUUUCAGUACACAGAAGAGGAGCUGCACCGGACAAAGAACACACUGCAGACUAGAAUAAAAGACCGAGAGGAGGAAAUUCAGAAACUCAGAAACCAGCUUACAAACAAAGUUAUGAGUAGCAGCCAUACCGAACUGGAAAACCGACUUCACCAACUUACCGAGACCUUGAUCCAGAAACAGACCAUGCUAGAAGCCCUCAGUACAGAGAAGAACUCGCUUGUCUUCCAACUGGAACGUCUCGAGCAGCAGCUUAAGAGUGUACAGGGAAGCAGUGUUAAUGGCCCUGCUAUUAAUGUGUCUUUAUUGGAAAACAAUGAAGGUGCUCGCAUGAGGAAUGUUCCAGUUCUUUUCAGUGAAACAGACAGCACUACAGCAGGAAUGUAUGGGAAAGUCCGCAAAGCAGCAAAUACAAUAGAUCGAUUCAGCAUCCGGUUAGGAAUUUUUCUGAGACGGUAUCCAAUUGCAAGGGUAUUUGUAAUUAUUUAUAUGGUGCUGCUACACCUCUGGGUAAUGAUAGUACUUCUGACAUACACACCAGAGAUACACCACGGUUCCUCCCGACCAGAUGGCCAAUGAGAAAAACAACCAUGAGCCCAUCAAAGUUGGAUCCAUAUCUUUAAAUAUAUUUAUGGAGCACAUGGCUACAUACCAACAAGUCUGUAUAUACUGUAGAACUAGCUUAUUUUGACUAUGAUCAUGAGAAUAAGAAAUACAAGUUUAAAAAGUUUAAUUCUUUUCUGCAUUUUAUCUUGGCACUUUCCCACCUCCCCUCUCUUAGAGUCUGUACAUACAAAUGCAGAUAUGUAGUUAUAUUGAGGGACAGAUAUGACUUGAUUUGUGCAAUAUCUUUUAAUAAACUUAUUCCAAAAACGUU